AUGAGAUUCAGCUUCCUUGCCGCUCUGGCCAUGGCCUCGCAGGCCCUGGCUGUUCCCCACGUCCUCCAGAAGCGCUACCCGAGCGGAUCGUUUUCGAUUCUCGCCUACGGCGUCGCAUCUGGGCCUCUGAGCGUGUUUUACUCUGAUGGACUCGCGUACGUGGGCGAUGCUUCGAAGUGGGAGUCUGGCUCGGUGACUACUGACGUUACAUGUAUUUUCAAUAACACGCAGGUCCUGGCCACGGCGUCCAACAAGGACUAUACAUUCGACAAUGAAACCUUUUUGUACAUUCGCCCUGUGGAGAACGAGGUCUUGCCGGUGGGAUUUACUGGCAACGACAAUGACACGCCUGAUGAUGCGGUUGCUGGAUCUUUCCUCUUCUACGGGACUUAUCUCAUGUGGCAAGCUGAGGAUGGGGUGCUGAGUGAUUCAUUCCGUUUGAAGGAGACCGAUGUCAGCGAUAUCUAUCAGCUGUAUUGGGAUACCUCGAAUCUCUACCCGGCUGGAUAUUUGACUCCGGUCAUUAAAUCAUCCGUCUAG